UAGAUAGGAUUAAUGUAAUGUGAUAAAUAUAAUGUAAAUAAUAUAAUUUGUAUGAUAGCAAUUAUGUCCUUAAUGACAUAAAUUAAGCCAAGUGGGGGGUUUAAUUAAAAAAAAGGUGGAAAAAGGAUUAUUUUUCUAAUGGGAAAGGAUUGGGAAUAAAUGGAAGCAUUGGGAGUAAAUGCAAGGAUUGGGAGUAAAUGCAAGGAUUGGGAAUAAAUGGAAGCAUUGGGAGCAAAUGCAAGGAUUGGGAGUAAAUGAAAGGAUUGGGAAUAAAUGCAAGGAUUGGGAAUAAAUGCAAGGAUUGGGAAUAAAUGGAAGCUUUGGGAGCAAAUGCAAGGAUUGGGAGUAAAUGCAAGGAUUGGGAAUAAAUGGAAGCACCCACAGAUUUAAUGGCUACUGCUGAGAGGAUCAUGGCAGGUGGGUUUCUUGGUAUUGAAUUUUCCAGAAUAAUUCCUAGAAGCAAAUCCCAGUCUCUGGGAAAGGCCUGUCUGAUUUUCCAGCUGGGUCUCCUGAUACUGAAUUUUUCAGCUUAAAUCUCAGAGGCAAAUUCCCAGCCCCUGGGGAAAUCCCGUACAGUUUUCCAGGUGGGAUGUUUUUAAGUCAACUGUUACCGUUUUCCUGGGAUAAAAUCCGUUCCCCCUCAGGUCAGAGUGAUCCCCCUCAAGCAUCCACUGAAAAAUUAUGACGGAGCAAAAUCAGAUCAGCCACAAAUUCCCUUUCCCCCCCUCUUUUCCCCUUCAGCUGCCCAAGGGAUGCUCAGGGAGCAGCGUUGGCAGGAGGGCAGCCCAGAAGUGUUGGAAAUUUGACUGAUAGAAUAUCCCGAGCUGAAAUGGACCCACAAGGAUUAUCAAAGUCCAAUUCCUGGUGCUGAACUUCCCCAAAAAUCUGUUUUCUUCACCCGUGGUGAAUGGAGUGGGAAAAGCCUGAGGAUUUGGGGGACCCUCAGUGUUCCACUCUCCUUCCCACGCGAGUCAAAGCAAACGGAAUUGUCUCGAUUUUCCUUCUCUGCAACUAUUCCCAGCCUGUUUGACCCCGGCACAGGGAAGUGGAUGAGCCAAACCCCAAAUUUACCCCCCGUCCCCUCCUUUUGCCACCUUUGGCUCAGGUUUGAGAUCAGUGACGUGGGGAAGGAGGGGGGGGGGGGAGCGUUUGACUCGAGACGAAAAUAGCGACGUGGAAAUUCAGCCCAGCUCGAGAUUUGAAAAGAAAUCCUUUGAAAUGAAAGAUUUCGUGCCUUGCCGAGGCUGCUCCAGCCCCGCUGCGUCCUCUGCCUGGGGUGGGGAUGGCUCGGGAAAGGGAGCAGCAUCCCAGGAGGGUUUUGAGGGUGCUUUUGGUCAUCGCUUCUCGGCACUAAAUAGAGGAAGAAUAAGUUUCAAACGAAGCUUGUUUUGUUUUGUCACAGGAAGUGGAGAGAGCUUUGGGAGAGCCCUGAGACAUUGACUUGAAAUUCUGUAUUUUAGUGUUUCCCUGGCCGAGCCGGUGGCGCGGAUCGGCGCCUGGCGCAAGCCGAGGGGGAUUUGGGAUGGCAGGAGCGGGGCGCUGCGACCCCCCCUUCCCCGCUUGGCCCGAGGGAGGCGGGCUGGGGCUGAAGGGCUUUGUGGGGCCAAGGCAGCCCUUCCUGAGGGAGCCGCCGGCUGCUGUUCCCAGCUCGGGGGAGCCCGAAAUUGUGCGGUGCGAGGGCCGCGGUGCGGGCUGCCGGGGCUGCCGCGGCUCCGCGAAUCCGUUUGGAGCGGCUUCCCGGGCGCCUCGGGGCUCGGGCGCCGCCGGCAGCGGCAGCCUCAGGGAAAGGAGCCGGGUUUCACAAUGCCUCAGUCCUCCCCCGGCCGGGCAGCCCGAGCCGAGCCGCCUCUUGCCCCGAGAAAGCCCAGAAUUGGUUAUCGAGGGGGCAGCGGGGCCGCUCGGCGCGGCGCUCCCCUCGCCGGCGCGCCGGGAGAGCCGCGGCUGCUGCGGCAUCACCGAGCUCAGCCCGGGGGGGCCACAGCCCCGAGCCCUGCCGUGCGGCCCGAAAUCCCCGAAAAACCCUGGGGGUAGAACCCCUCUGCUCCUCCCGAGCCGCUGCUGCUGCUGCUGGCGGCCAGAAUCGCCUCCCACACCGAGCGUGGCGUGCCCCGGGGUGACUCUGCUUGAAUUUCAGCCAAAUUGCCGAAUUCCCGCUUGCUCCUGCGCUCUCUCACGAUGGAAGCGAAAACACAUGAAAAGAGAAAUGUCUUUUGUUCUCCCACUCGAAUUAAGAUGCUCCAGCACCAAACCAGGGUUGAACCCCGUGGCUGGAGCUGCUGCCCAGUCCAGGGACUCACAAAUCAGCAUUUUGGUACCGAUGAGGGUGGUUGGAUGUGUUUUGGGGGAGGUUUAUGGUGUUUUUUUAACCUUAAAAAAUGUGCCCUGCAGCACGUGGGUAACUCAGCUCAUUUUCUCGACCAGCCUGCUCUACCUGAACGUCUCUGCUCGAAUAAAUCAGGCUCCAGCUCAGAAAUUAGGAUGAGGUUUUUGUUUUCGUUCUACUUAUUUCGUCUUUGUUUUUAUAAAUAAAUACAAAUCACUCAAACUGAAACUCGAUGGCUUUGGUGAUAAUCAAAGAGCAGCCCUGGGGAAAUUUUUCUUCAUUACCAUGUUCUUUCACAGCCCACACUCGGGGUUUCGGGAGGAAAACUUCUUAACCUUUGCAGCAGCAGCACCCGACACUUUUUGAAGUCCCGGCGCUCUCAGACUCGGGGUUCACAUCGCGGAGCUGCCUUGGCAUCACCUUUAUUUCAGGGCCAUGUGGAGAGGAGAAAUUAUCUCAGCCCUCAGCCCUUUUCUCCCCCCAGUUCACCCCUUUUCCCUCCUUCAAAAAACAUAUUUAAAUACCCCCAAGAAAAUGUUGGAUCCCCCCCCCUUGCAGGGUUUGGGUUUUGUUGUUGUUUUUUCGGUUCUGUGGGGCAGCUCAGUUCCCCACCACCUUUGUACAACAUGUUUUAGUAUUUGCAGCUCACUUCCUGUAUGAGGUUACCUUGUUUAUCAUAAAACCCCUAUUUUUAAACCCAUUUCUGCCAAUAAGUCAUCUGAAUGGCAAUAGCAGGCGCGUGUGACUGUCCCCUCUGCCCCCGGCUGACAGGGGGACUCUGGUGGCUCCAGGAAAGAUAGGCGUUGGAAUGUGGGCUGACAGCGUCCCCGUGGCUCUUCCCUCGAAUCUCAGGGGGAUUAUUUGUGUGAAAAUCACCAGGAUUUCUGAACAUCCUGCCUUUUUCAGCCCGGGGUCACUCGUGGUGUGAGGAUGAGGAGAGGCAGAGCCGCAGCGCUCGCCAUCCUUUCCAUCCUUAGGGAAUGGCCUCCGUGCCAUCUUCCAGCUUGAUUUUCAUUAGUUACCAGCCAGGAGAAGUGUGGGACUGUCAAAGCACACUUGGCUCGGCCCGCUCUGCCCAUAAUUGCAGCGAGAUGAGUUGUGGGCUAAUGAGCGGCCCGCGAGGCCGGGGAGCACCGGCAAUCCUGGGUGUCCUCCUGGGAAAAGGGAUGGAGGAGCCUGUCACAAACCCAGCGAGGAGGAAUCCAUCAAAUCCAGGAAACACAGGCCCUGCAUCCCCACAAGGGCUCCCUGGGCUCCACAGGACCAGCUUUUGUUGGAAAAGCAGUGUCUUCAUCAGGGGUAACCUCACUGUCUGCCUUUCCUUGGGUUGCAGGAUUUAAUUUUUCAAAAUUCCGCAGAAAAGAGGUUUGGGAUGCCCAAGGGAAGGUCCCCUCGGGUUCAGCCAUCCCCGAGCUUGUCUUACACCCUAUAAAAACCCCGCUGGAGCGCCUUUAACAUCCCUUUACUGCUUUUAGGGACCUCCCUGGUAUCCAAUGCUUCCCAUCUCUGUCUGCGCCGGGUGUGACCCCAGGAGAGGUCGAGCAUCCAAGGAGCUGCCAGAAAGGCAGAAAAGCCGCUGGAAAGAGUGAGCUUUGUUGCAAUAUGAAAAUCAAAUGCAAAGCUCGGGGGGUAUUUUUAGCUGGUUUAGGCUGCACAGGUGUUUGAAAGGUCAGUGGCGAGUCAUUGGAAAAAAAAAAAUCUAUUUAUUUCUGUGUGUGGGGAGAGCCCGGUGUCACUCCCGUGGCUCUGGAUGAGUGGAAUCUCAUCCUCAGCUUGGGUUGCUCGGCACUCCUGAGGCCAGCAGGGGUGUGGGAGUGCAGGAAUGUCCCAGGUUUGUGUGUCCCCCAACAGCAUGAGCACUUGGCAGCCAUGAGUGUCCAGCUCUGACGGACACAGGGACCUGUGGCUUUUUCCAUGAAUAAAAUCUGGGAGUCUGCUCCUUUUCAAGGAAUAAAGGCCAUUUGUCAUCCUUAAAACAGAACUGCAUGGGGGCAAUUCCGUUUGAUUUUUAUGAGCUCCUAGAAUUUCAGAAUUUUAAGAAUUUAACAAUUUAGGGGCCUGGCCGGUGAUGCGGCUUUGGUGGCCCUGGGUCAUGGCCAACGUGGGCCAAGGCCAACCUGAGUUUGGUGGACCUGUGACCACUUUGGGCUUGGCCACGACCAAAAGGCCACGACAAAAAGGCCAUGACGAAAAGGCCACGGCCACCAGGCCACGGCCACCUUUGUCUUGGCCAGGAACACCUCGGACUCGGCCUUGGCCAGCUUAAACCGUGACCACCUUGGAUGUGGCCAUGUCCAGCGUGGGCUGUGGCCAACCUGAGCUGGCCAUGGCCAAGCUGGGCUUGGAACACCUCCAAGGUGGCCAUGACCCCCUUGGGAACACCUCCAAGGUGGCCAUGACCCCCUUGGGAACCCCUCCAAGGUGGCCAUGACCCCCCUGGAGUUGGCCACGGCCGAGCUGGGCCUGGCACGUGCCGAGCCAAGAGAGGGGCGGCGCUUCCCCUCGCGCUGCGUCACCGAGGCCACCGGGUUCAGGCAGGGCACCAGCUCCUCCCAACCUGAGUCACAGCGGCAGGGCCACCUCCCAGGUGUGACAACUCACCCGGACACAUCCACGAGCUCCCGAAUUCCAACAGGACCGCAGAGGCACCAGGAGAGCAGAGCCAGCAGCUGCCACGGGCUUGGCUGGGCAAUUGAACCUCUUCUUUUUGUGAGUUAAAGAAGCCCCCAAAAUAGCACC